AGCCGCUCUGCAUGUCGACUCUUCCACGCACCGCGAGUUUCCCGCGUUUAUUUGAGCGACGCGCGCGCCGCUCGCAGCGGCGGCAGCGGCGCCAUGGAGGGAGAGGUGGGAGGCGCGAUACGAGACGAGAUCGAGGCCCUUGACUGCCCGCUGCUACAGGGCUGGGAUGGGGACGAGUCUCUGCUCUUCACUCCCAGCGAAAUCCGCACCCGCCUCUUGCAGUUCCUGUUCUGCAGGAUUCACAGAAAGUUCCGGGAGAAGAUUGAUCUGCUGCCCAUUGCUGUCCCCUCCACGCCGACCUCUGACCCCAGACUCCGGCAGCUGGCCGGGUUCGGCGAGCUCUUGGGACUUUGUGCCGGUGACGACGUGGAGAGCGUCUCGGGCACAGCUGAUGUAUCUUGGCAGCAGGAACUCUACAGGCGACUGCUGCAGCUCAUCCACAGCAAGGAGCGCGCAGAGAGUGCCACGGGCGAGGACUCUGCCCUGCAGAGCCAUGUAUUGGCGUCACGCUGGUUCACGGCGGAGCUGAGCACCGGGCAGCUGCUGGGGGCGCUGGCGACUGGGCGCUCGAUGACACUGGGGCUGCCCCCCUUGCUGGAGCAUCGUGGUGGCGGUGGCGGCACCACACUCGGCACGCUGCAGCAGCAGCAAGAUGAAGAGGAGGAACAGCUGCAGGACCUGCAGCAGCGGAGAGACGCCCUGCAGCAGGAGCGGGAGGAGGAGACGCGGGCACUGACGCAGCUGCAACGACAGCUGCAGCAGCAGCUGCAGGCCAGGCAAGCUGCACCAUCGCACACCGUGCCUCCUGGGGUCCAGGAGGGGGCGACACAGGAGGCCACCCUGCAGGCCUUGUCCCUCGCCCUGCGCGACUGUCAGCGUCUCGCCGCCGAGUUCUGCUCGCUGAGCGAGGGCGAGCUCCGCCUGCCGGCGCCGCCGGUCUGCGGCCGCUCGCCCCCCGCCAGUGCCCUCCCGCCUGGGCCCCCUGCUGCACGAGCUGCACGCGCACCUGGGCUCGCUGGCGCAGGCGGCUGACGCGCAAGCGCGGAUAUUGUCCGAGUGCCGCGAGAUCCACGCCAUGCACGACACACGGAGGGCUCAGCGCACGGAGCACAGCGCGGAGUUUGAGAAGAUAAAGCGCGACUCCAACUCCUGGGUGACUACGCUGGCCGAGGGGGCUGGGCUGUGAGUCGCCCCUUCCUCUCACACCGGAGGGAGUCGCCACUUUCCCCGUGCCGUAUCGGUACCAUCCUCGCUGCCGCUCACUAAUAAAUCUGUGCGUGAACAUGAA